UAGUCUUGCACUAAACUCACAUGAGUGAUGUAAAAUUUACAUCUCAAGACACAUAUUAUAGCAAGUGAUAAAAAGUGAACGAAAUGGUAAUUCAACGCAGUUGGAAAAUUUUAAGCGAUGCUGGUUCGUCUUCAGCUUCUUCAACGGAGGCUAACCGAUCACCUGGUGGUGGCAUGCAAUCAUCUUCCGACGACUCUAACUGUUCCAAUCAAACUACACACUCAAUGGUUACAAGCAUAGCGAGUCCCCCAACAAUGAAAUUGGAAGGCCAAGUGACACAAGCAGUACAACAAUCGGUUGCGCCAACAUUGGCCAGUGUUAGUGUUAUAAAUAUAUCCAACACCAUUUCCAACGAUUCCACGAAAUAUGUGACCACACCUCAUAUGGCUGAAACAAUGUUACAAAGGCUGAGGCAACGUUUAAGCUGCCCCGUACAGGUCAGUGGCACAGGAGCAACUGCUGAAUCUGCUAUGCGCUCUUUGGAAUUGCUACGCAUUAGUAUUCAACAAUCUUUUGACCAUGAAAUAGAUGCCAUAAUUAAACAUUACAUGGAGACAUAUUUUAAACCAGCAUUUAAGAACAUAAAGGAGAAUUUAGGUCAAAACGUUGUUUCAGAGGAGAUUCUCCAGAAGAUGUCUUGUGCAUUACUGGAGAACGCUAAGGCACAGUAUAAUCCGUACCGCACUUUAAAACAGCCGCUUGCGUGUGUUUCUGUUAGUACCAAAAAUAUUACGCCACAAUAUCCCGUUGGAGAGACAACCAGUUUGCGUUUCGCAGUCAGACGUCCGCCACCAAAACAUGUGGAAUUUAGUGAGUUACCUGCCAAAAAGCAACUAACAGUAGCCUCCCAACAGCAGAUGCAGACAAUCAAUUCAAGUGGUGCCUCUAAUAUGCCAGAAUGCACAGGAAAUGGAAAAACAAUUCUUAAUUCAUCUUCAAAUCAACAGAGACAAGUACAGGCACCAGGUUCCUCAACUCUUCCUGCUACGCCUGUGCGAAGACAAAUAUUUUGGAACACCGCACAUAUCUCAGUAACAACUAAAUUUGUGUUAGAUGUGCAGGCUAAUCAAGCUUUUGGUUUUGGCACAGACGGUAAAGAGCGUUUGGCAAGCAAGCACCCAGAAUUAAUACGUUACUUACCUGAUAAUGAAGAUCGUGACUGGUUAAGUUCUCAAAACGUUAUAGCGGCACAAAAUCGUAAUUCGCGCUUUCUAUUUUUAAUAUACGAAGAAGUGUGCCGAUUAAAACAAACACACGAAUUAUAUCGCACAAAAACUAAUAUUGAUAUUAGUAUUAUGAAUACUUUCACGGUGCCCGAAUUUAUGAUUCAAAAAAUGAAGCUGUUCUUUGUAGAUCUCAACAUAAAGAGCCGAGGUUUGAUUACAAACUCUUUUUCGGUUGGUGCCGGCACACAGGGCAAUAGUCACUUGCGAAACGCUUUGCUACAAGGCAUUGUCGCACAGAGCAACAACAGUGCUAGUAUUAGAACAAUGAGCUCAACCAAUACAGCAAUCACACCUUCACCGAUUAACACUUUUAUUAAAAACAAUAAAAAUAAUGCAAAUACUGGAAGUAGCAAUGUAGCCACCAGCUCCAGUGAUACAAAUCCUCUUACAAAGCCUAGCACGUUAAGCUCAUCGCAUGCAACACUCACAGCUUUGCUUAAUAACUCGUCGAAUCCACCUUCCCAAGACAAAAAUGUCGUAGUUAAUAUACGCAAAUAAAUAUCUGAGAUCUGUUUACAAUAGCAAUGUAGUUAUAUUAUAUUGUCCAUAAAUCUGAAGUACAUAUAUUCAAUGUAUAAUAAAUAGUGCGUUAAAAAGCA